AAGGAAGGAAGGGUAGAAGGAUUUUAAUUACAUUUGGCAUUGGGCCUCAAAAGAAAGAGUGACAGUUCAUACUCAGAGAAUCCGUGUUAAUAGUCUAAUAUGAAACUAUGCGUAUCUAUAAUAGUUUUGAGAAAUAUUACAGGAACACGGCUGGACAAGGCUACCUUCCAGUGAGUGCUGUUGGCCAUAUGGGACGAAGUCUGUGCAAUUGUGCGAGAGAGAUAGAGACAGAUAGAAAGAGUGAGAUUUACAGGGAAAGAAGUGGGGGUGAAGCUGUAAAGUACCAAAUAUACACAACAGGAAAAUGCGCCCUUGGCGACAUUAAAAUGCGUGUUUGGAGUGCGCAUGGAACUUGUCUGCUGUCUAGGAUAGACGUGGAGGGAGCAUGGUCACGCAGCGGAUGCGGAAAUGAGGCGCAUGUGCUGCCAAUGGAAUGGCGGGUACUAAGCGGCACAACCCUCGUGUUGUACACCGUCACAUUCGUGGGGUGGAACUGAUACAGCCAGCACCCCACAUCAGAGCUUCUUGUUUACGUACCGUCACUGUAUCCGGAAUUCAUCAUGUUUUGGAUCUUAAGAAGAACUCGACUGACUAGUGCUGCCGCUUUCUUUAACGCAAUCAACAACAACAACCAGAGCAGCGACAAUGCCACAGGUUCGAGUAGGGGUACGAGGAAGGGAUACAACAAGUUGGCGGGCGAAGAGUCCGACGUGAACAAUGCCAACUGCACGGCGCCACAGUGCGUCGUGCAAGAGUCGUCAGGUCCCGGACACGGCCCAGGCCCCGGAGGUCCGGAUUCUUCGGACACAGACUCCAACUGCACUGACCUUGAACUGGAGGAGGAAAUCUCGGACGACUCCGACUAUGACGAGGCCCUUACAUGUAAUGUAUGUGAUCGCUCUUUCACCAGCCCACGACAGCUAGCUCACCAUCAACAGAAGAAACGGCAUUUUGGAUGCUCAGCAUGUGACAGUCUUUUUCCUUCAUUAAUGGCCCUUGAGCAUCACAAAGAAGAAUUUGAACACUGGUCUGGUGAUGAGAGCAUUGGUAAUACAGAAUCUGGUAAUGAGACAAGUGAUGAUACGGUGACCAGCGAAGAACUGGAAAGGCUGCUAUAACUUACCAACAUGUGUUAGCCAUUCCAAUGCUGUGGACACUUUCUUUAAAAAUUGUAUUUAUCCUUCCAUUCCUCACAAAGGAAUAUGGCCUUUUCAGUUAUAUGGCAAUGAGGGUAACUUCCUCUGGAGGACUGGACAUAUUGUGAAACUAUAAAUCAUAACUUCUUGAAUACAUGGAACACCCACUUUAGAGAUGAGGCAUGUCAUAUAAGCAGGUUGCUAAUUAUCCCACCCAUGGUUCAUGUCUCUAAGUCUUUUAUUUGGAAUUAUUAUAAUGCUCGGCUGAAAGGCGUCAUUUUAAAAAGGAGUCCUUUAUGCUACAAAUAUGUUUAGCACACACAAUGAUAACAGCAGAUCUUAAACCUACAUUUACCAAAAGAAAGAUAUAUGUCACACAGUUUCAGUGUAAACUUAGAAAUACCUUGCAUUUUGUAAAUAAUCUGCAAGAAGUAAUGAAAAGAAAUUUUAAAUUGUUACACUGAGAUAAAAAGGUAAUCAUUGAAAUUUCUACAGUACUUCCAAAUAUGCAUUUAAAUCUCUAAAUAUAUUUAUUUGUGUCUAAGUACUUUCUAACAUCUGAUAUUGUGAUUUGCUUUAGUUUUAAACACGAAAUUAAGUAAUAUAACACAAAUUAGCAUUUGUCCCUUUCUAAUAUAAGGGAAUAACAAAAUCAGUCAACUAUAAUUUGCUUUUCUCGUUUUAUAUUAACAACCAAAAUCUGAUAACUAGUUCUUAGUAUUCUAGUUCUACUGCAAAAUAUUGGCUUUGAAAAUUGAAUAUAUUUUUACAUUUAUACCAGAAGGAUGUUUACAUUUAAAGUGAAUAUGCUUUUGACAUAGAUACAUUUGAAAUUAAUGUUGUAAAAUAUCAGAGACUAAACCACUAAUUUAACUAAAUAAAGGGCUACAUAAUAAUAUUCUAGUUAUUUUUUAUUUUAGUCUUUCAAACCUCACUUUCAAUGUAAUAGAAUUUUUUCUAAGAACUGUGACAAUCUAAUAUUCUGUAACUAUAUAUUUGUAUUUAUUUUGGAUUUGGACACAUCGAUCACAAGUCAAGAAAAGUGCAUAUAUUACAGUACACAUUAUAUGUGUACUCAAUUUACUAAACAUUAGAAUUACUGUAUUAAAUAAAUGUAUGUGGGUAAAC